UACUUCUCACAUCUUCUUCCAUUUUCAAUCUACAGUUCAACACAUUCCACAAUAUAUAAAGACAGCUCAGUUGAUAGUCUCAACCUUCUCACCGAUCUAAAUCAUAAAAUAUGGCCCCAAAAACAGUUUUGAUUACUGGGUGCAGUGAAGGUGGUAUUGGAGAUUCUCUUGCAAAAACUUUCCAUAGCAAAGGUCUUCGAGUUUUCGCUACAGCUCGAAAUGUUUCUAAGAUCGAACAUCUUAAAAGGUUAGGACUGGACACUCUUGCCUUGGAUGUUACAGAUCCUACAUCCAUCAAAAUGGCUGUCGAAGCCGUCAGUUUGGCGACUGGAGGAACUUUGGAUUUCCUCGUCAACAACUCCGGUGCUGGUAUGUUUUGAAUUUUAUGUGCCUAAUUCAGAGCAUUCUAGAACAGCUGCUCACUCAAAAUAGGAUACGCCAUGCCACUACUAGAUACUGAAGUAGAAGUUGCACAAAAGAUGUUUAAUGUAAAUGUCUUCGCAGUCAUCACAGUAACCCAAGCAUUUUCACCACUCCUCAUCUCUGCCAAAGGAAAAAUCAUCAACAUUGGUUCAGUCCUCGGUGUUUCCCCUAUUUACUGGCAAGGAUAUUACAACGCCAGUAAAGCAGCAGUCAAUCAUAUAACUGAUCAACUUCGUCUUGAACUCGAACCUCUGGGUGUCAAGGUCAUUCUUGUAAUUACCGGUGUGGUGAGAACCAAAUUCUUCGACAAUCAACCAUCGGUGAGGUUACCCGAAAACUCUCCAUAUGCCCCGGCGAGAGAUAUCGUUGAACAUGCUGCGGGAGGAGAUGAAGAAUUGGCAUCUGCAAUGGAUGUAGAUGUUUAUACAAAUAAAGUAGUGGAGAAUGCCUUGAAGAAGAAUUCACAGACACAUCAAUGGGCUGGUGGAAAUGCUUGGACGGUUUGGUUUGUUUCGACAUUUUUUCCGCAUACUAUUUGGGUUAGUUUUGCGCUUUCUUCGAUUCCCCCUAUUUUCUUUUCCGGAACAUACAUGAUGCUAAUGAGUAUUAGGACUUGGUCUUGCCCUCAACAAAGAAUAUUGGUGAGUUGAAGAAGAGACUGUUGGCCGCGGGAAAAAGGGAAUAGUUAUUGGUAAAGGAGAUAUUUCCUGGGUUGUAAUAUGGGGCCAAGUUCGCAGGCACUAGGCGUUAUUAGAUGAUUUAUUGGACAUUGGAAAAUGUGUUUCCUUUACCUUCGGCAUACUUCUUUUCAUCACAUUUCGUCUUUCUCAAUAUUUUGUAGUCUCGAGUUUUU